CUUCAUCACCAGUUCAAGAGAAAGAGAGAGAGAGAACAAGCAGAAGGGUGCAUUCAUCAAGACGAUCAUGAGCAACCUAGUGAAGAAAAUGUGGUGCUGCGGAGCCAAGAGCUUUGCUUCGGUCGAUGCCGAGGAGGCGGCCGCCGUCCCGGAAGGCCGCGUCCGUGUCUACGUGGGGAGGGACGUCCCGUGCAAGCUUGAGAUGGAGGCCAACUACCUGAACCACCCGCUGUUCGAGAACCUGCUCCGGCUGUCGGAGGAGGAGUUUGGCUACUCCUAUGACGGCGCGCUGCGGAUCGCCUGCGAGGUUGACCUGUUCCAGUACCUCGUCCACCUCCUCAAGACCAGCAACCCCACCGCGCAUUACAUGGAGCUACCCGACCUCAUCUCCAAGUUCCACACCAGUCAUUAUGCCGGCGACGCCAAGAACGCCAGACGCUUGCCUUAUCACUCUCGAUGAAUCUCGAUCUCAUUCUUUUUUCUGGGUCCUGAACAUAAUUCUUCUCACCGCGCUCAUAGAGAUGGAGCUUGCCUGUGGAUUUUGUAAGGCUCGACCCCGUCUCCCCCCGUUAAGUUGUAGAGAGAGAUUCUUUUUGGCCGUCGCUCGGCAUGUAAAGCUCACGACGUGAGCAUAGAAUCCAAUGUAAGUCGUGAUUUGUAUACACACAGAUACAAUGAAAUGAAUUCAUCGAAUCGCUCAUACAUU